AUGCAUGCGCCGCCUUUCGGUAUUUACAGAGAACGUCUCGCAGGUUGCGCCUUCUCCGUGGUUGCGCCUUCUCCGUGGUUGCGCCUUCUCCGUGCAAGACGGCCGCUUUCUGCUACAUUCAAGAUGCUGCACGAAUCCCAAACGGAGUGCUAUACGACAUCAAAGGCACUAGAAAUAGAUUUGCUUGCAGGAACAAUUGCGACGAAUGUGUGCGCAUUUGAGGACGCUUCAGAGCGACACGGCUCCUCUCCUCUGCAGUGCUGCGCUGGCUGCGCUAGCGUCCUGCAGGCCACUGCAGGAAUCACGACCACAAAGGCUGUCGAGCUAGAGGAGCCCACCACUGAGAGCCUAGUCUGGAAGACUCUGAAAUGUGACUGGCCGACGAAGCGCCCGGCAAAACAGAGACGUGAAAGAUGGGGGAGAUGGUAG